GAAAUUGUAUGUGUAUCCCUUCCUUCCCGUCUGAAACAAAAGGAAAGGAUGAAGCAAUCAAAGGAUCCGUUCGAAGCAGCGUUCGAGGAAUCGCCGCCAGAAUCCCCAACGGCUACGGAGACAGAGGCAGAGACGCAAAACCCUACUCCUCCUCCUCCUCCUCCUCCUCCUCCUUCUUCUUUUUCUGGUGUUGCUGUAGUAGCACUGAAUCCACAACAGCCUCAGAAUCAGAAAGUGAAGAACAAAGACAAUGAGGAAGAGGAGGAGGAGGAGGACAACAUGGACGUGGAGCUCGCCAAGCUCCCUUCCACCGGCGACCCUCACAAAAUGGCCAAGAUGCAGGCCAUUUUGUCGCAAUUCACCGAAGAGCAGAUGAGUCGAUACGAGUCCUUCCGGAGGGCUGGCUUUCAGAAAGCCAACAUGAAAAGGUUAUUGGCUAGCAUCACUGGGACCCAGAAAAUUUCUGUGCCCAUGACGAUUGUUGUAUCGGGCAUUGCAAAAAUGUUUGUUGGUGAAGUUGUUGAAACAGCUAGAAUAGUUAUGAAAGAGAGGAAGGAAUCUGGACCAAUCCGGCCUUGUCAUCUGAGAGAAGCAUAUAGACGACUAAAGCUUGAAGGAAAAGUCUUUAAGAGAUCAUCCUCGAGGCUCUUCCGGUAGAUGGACCAAAUAUGAAUAUUGUGUGCAUCAGCAUCACUAGUUUGCUAUAGUGGCUUGCGGGUAGAUUAAAUUUUGUAGUCUGCACCUUCUUGUUUUCAACAUCUUGAUGUUCAUUUAACUGGAGCUAGUGAAUGUGAAUCAAUAUUAGAAGUAAAUUGGGAAAAUUUCCCCAUUUCUGCAAAUAAGAAAUGUGCAAUGGACACAUGUUUAGGACCCAACAUCUUUUCUCUUACUUUGUUAGAAAACAUAGUGCAUGUUUGGAUUGAAGUUAAAAAUAUUAUGGGCACGUUCCAAUGUAAA